CGACCAUCCCACUCACUUUGACCAUGUCAAUACGGGAUUCUGCAGAGGAAACUAUGGAUGUCGAUGGUGCAACCAAUGGUGCUGACCCGUCGACACGACCACCUCUUCGCGUUCGAGCCCUGACCCUUCUGCAGGAGCGCAGGCUGAUCGCGUACCUUGAUGACAGAUGGCUGCAAUUCACUCGAAACUUUAAGAAGCGCUCAGAACAGUCCUCAACCUUACGGACGUUGGGUGAUUAUCUCGAGGAAGCCCGUCACCUCCUGGCGUUCAUCCUACAAAUACCGCCUGUCGAUCCGUCGACGUCGCUAAGGAUUGCGUACAUGCUCCGACUUACUGCGGACGUCCUUGGAGGAAUCCCGGGGUAUAGCCUGACAAGGCGGGUUUCCGACCCUCUAGCGCCUGCAAAUACCGAAGAACCGACGAACGUGUCUCCAAAGAGUAUCAGAAAUACUCUUCGAGAUCUCCUCGACUUUCUGGAUGAUCUGGACCACGCGUGGCUUGCUGUCCUCCAGGGCCAGGUUUGGGACCCUGAGACAGCAGAGGGCGUCGACUUGACCAGCGCUCUCGAAUUCAUCACACACUCCCCUCAUGAUCCGACCACAAGCAACGGAGAGGAACACCAACCAGCCUCAGCACCUCCCAAUGUUAAAACCUCACCUCCGAGCCAAACAGAACUCACACGGCUGCGAAGCCUCCUCGUCGGCGGCCAGUCGGCCCUCGAGGAAUGGCUCCUGAACGAAAGGGUCGCGAAGCUGAGCAGUCCAAGUGCUGAUGGCGACGAUCUCACUGGCAUGCUUGCUCGGAUGGGGUUGCUGGACGAGUUCGACAACGUGUUCACUCGUACGAUGGACGUCCUGGGCUAUGGUAAUCUCAGAGAAGAUGAUGAUUUGGAGGAAGUUCCGAUGUCUGCCCCUCUGACCGGUCCAGGAGAGGAUUCAGAAGGUGGAGUGCAGAUGGAAGAUGACGAUUACCAGUGUAUCUGUGGACACUUGGUGGACACGACAUAUGGCCCACCGAAAGAAGCUGUGAAUAAAUGA